CUGCUGCUUCUGCUGCUUCUGCUGCUUCUGCUGCUUCUGCUGCUUCUGCUGCUUCUGCUGCUUCUGCUGCUUCUGCUGCUUCUUCGCCUUCUCUUGACGAGGCCCUCGGGGGGGUUUGCAAGGCCCUGGAAGCCGGCAUAGCAGCAGACUUGGGGGCCCCCCCAACAGCAGCAGCAGCAGCAGCAGCAGCAGCAGCAGCAGCAGCAGCAGAUGCGCAGCCAAGGCAAAAAAGCGCUUUCGGAGACAGCGAAUGCAGCAGCAUCGCGUGGACUGAUGAAGCAGCAGAAGACACAGCCAGGGGGGCCCCCCAGGGGGGCCCCCAGGGGGGCCCCCAGGGGGGCCCCCAGGGGGGCCCCCAGGGUCUGGGGGGCCCCCUGGGGGGCCCCCAGGGGGCCCCCCUAGUGGAAGAGGAGAACAGCCAGCAGCAAUAUAUGAAGUGGGCCUUUUAG